AUGGCGUAUCAGGUCACCACCGCGUCUCUCACCCCCUCCCGCCCAGCACCCGCCGCUCCCAUCCGCCGUGGCAACGACGUCCAAGCCGCGCUCGCUAGCUCCGGCUACGGCUCUUCCUUCUCAGUCGGCACGUCGUCGCCCUCCGGCUCUUCCUACGCGUCCUCCUACUCAGGCAUUGGCGGCUCCCCCAACCGCAACUCUGACAUGGUCAACUCCUCCAACAUCGUCCGCUGCGGCACCGUUCUUGUCAAGGAGGAUGGGCUCGUGUCCUGGCUCUGGCGGCCCAAGUGGUUGGUCCUGAAAGAGCAGACGUUGUCGAUACACAAGAGCGAGUCUUCGCCCCAAUAUCAAAGCCAGAUCCUGCUGUCCGAGAUCGCAAACAUCGAGCGGACAGAUUUGAAGCCUUAUUGCCUCCUCCUCGAAGUCAAGGAGAAGCGCAUGUUUUUCUCACUAAAGAGCGACGAGGAGCUCUACGGAUGGCAAGACGACAUUUACUCACGGAGUCCUCUCAUGGGUGUGAGCAACCCGACCAACUUCGUGCACAAGGUCCACGUUGGGUUUGAUCCCAACUCUGGAGCUUUUACGGGUCUUCCCGAUGCAUGGAGCAAGCUACUCACAAAGUCCGCCAUCACCCGAGAAGACUACGCAAAGGACCCCCAGGCUGUCCUCGAUGUCCUGGAAUUCUACACGGAUCACCAGAAGCGGGAGAUGGAGGAGAGCAUGGGAUACGCGCGCAACCAGGGUUCGUACUCAUCAUCGUCCACCCUCACCCCGUACUCCGACACCUCGAGCGCACCACGAUUCAACGCGGGUACCGGUUUCGGCGGGGCUGGGAUCCCGAAGACUUCCACGUCGUCCGACCGUCCAUCGAUCAAACGUCAAGACUCGGCCCCUGCACACCUCAACGGCGACGCCGUCAACGGCACCCAAGCUGCUCUUGCCCGCGCCGCGGAGGUCGUCAACGGCUCACAUUUGCACCAUGCCAACACCGUGUCCGCCGCGCAGACAAAUGCGAACAUGCGGAACCCGAUCCCUCCGAUGGGCGCCCCCGGCCAGCUGCAGGCGUCGCGCCCGGCUCCCCAGCGUCCCCUGCUCUCAGCGAACCGGCCCGCGCCAUCGGCACCGGCCAAGCCCCCCCUCCCCGACCACUCUCCCUCGUCGGCAGAACUCCGUCUGCGGGCAAAGGCCCAGGGCCCGCCCACGGAGGGGAUGACCAAGCCGCCAGGUCUCAUGCAGCCGGAGCGCAAAGAGUCGCUGGACCGCCAAGGCGGCGGACCACGGCCACCCAUGGCUCCCGCGAAGUCCUCUCCCGCAAUGACUAUGCAGGGCUCCCAGCCUGCAUCGGGUCCCACAGGUGCGACGGUCGGCCCCCCACCUGUCAAGCCUCUUCAACCUGCGAAGAAGCCGAUGGGUCCCAAGGACCAGCCCGCGGUCACUAUCACGGGAAGCGGCGACGACGAGCGGAACGGCAGCGUCGCAGCUGCGGCCGCUGCGUUGGAGAAGCCGAAGGUGGAGAAGGAGAAGCGGAUCAGCACGAUGAACGAGGCGCAGAUUAUGGAGAAGCUUCGGAGUGUCGUCAGCGCCGACGACCCGAAGUUGCUGUACAGCAAGAUCCGCAAAGUUGGCCAGGGUGCUUCGGGACAUGUUUACGUCGCGAAGGUGCACGCAACGGGCAAGAAAAUCGCCAUCAAGGAGAUGGACCUGUCAAACCAACCGCGCAAAGAGCUUAUCGUGAACGAGAUUCUCGUCAUGAAGGAGUCCCAGCACCCGAACAUCGUCAACUUCCUCGACUCGUACCUCGUCAAGAACAACGAGCUUUGGGUCGUCAUGGAGUACAUGGAGGGCGGUGCGCUCACUGACAUCAUCGAGAACAACACGCUGGAGGAGGACCAGAUUUCGAGCAUCUGCUUGGAGACGUGCAAGGGUCUCGGUCACCUGCACAGCCAGUCCAUUAUUCACCGUGACAUCAAGUCCGACAACGUGCUUUUGGACGCGCAGGGUCACGUCAAGAUCACCGACUUCGGUUUCUGCGCCAAGCUCACCGAUCAGAAGAGCAAGCGCGCGACGAUGGUGGGCACUCCGUACUGGAUGGCCCCCGAAGUCGUCAAGCAAAAGGAGUACGGCGCAAAGGUCGACAUUUGGUCGCUUGGUAUCAUGGCCAUCGAGAUGAUCGAGAACGAGCCGCCCUACCUUGAUGAGGAGCCUUUGAAGGCGCUGUACCUCAUCGCGACGAACGGCACGCCCACGCUCAAGAAGCCCGACGCGCUCUCACGCGAACUCAAGGGCUUCCUGAGUGUGUGCCUGUGUGUUGACGUCAAGAGCCGUGCGACCGCGGACGAGCUGCUCGAGCACGAGUUCCUGAAGAAGGCCUGCGCGCUCUCCGGCCUCGCGCCCCUGCUCCGCUUCCGCAACAAGCAGGCAUCAUGA